GUCGUGCUGUGAAAGUGAAUUGUUUAUUGGAAACCGCGUGCGGUUGAAUUAAUUUGUGAAUGUAAAUAUGGACCAAAAAGCCAUAUAUAAAUUUUGUAAGAGCUUAGGAUGUUGCGAAGCGUGUUGUCUUCGAUAUAUUGGAAUAAAACACCCGAAUGCAUAUGAAAAUUCAAAAAUUUUUGUUACCAAAUUUCGCGAAGAAAAUGAUCUUGAGCCUAUUAGUACUGAUAAAAACAUGACUAUAGACGUUUCUGCUCAUACGAGUGAUGAAAACGGUGCAUCAAUCAGUAGUAGUGUAAGAAAUAGUGAUGAAAUUUGUGAUAAAUCGAUAGAUAGUAAAGAAAAUAGUACAAACAAUGGAUCAACAGAAGUAGAUACUGCUGUACUAGAUAGCAAUGAUAGUGUGUCUCCUCCACACAAGAAACGCAAAUUAAAUGUAUGCGUCAGCUGCUUGGGUGUUCUACAAGAGGACAAUUGGCAGGAAUGCUACCAAAUGGUCAAGGAAAUAUUAGAUAAAAAAGGAUACGAAUGUAACACAUUUGCAUGUGCGCUGUCAUCACCGAUAGCAACAUUGUUACGUGAAAAAGCAGUUACGUUACACCUCGUGGACGAAUUCCCUCAGUAUGAUGCAAAAGUCUUGACUCCUCUAAAAGAAGCAUGGAAGUGGUCGUUUGGGGUGAAACUCGGUGCAUAUAUAAACAAGAUACUAGACUCUGGUGCUAUAUCUCCACUACUCAUCACCGUUAACAUAGACUAUGUUGACGAAUUACAGGAAUUGGAAAUAUUAAAAACGGUAUCGCCGCAGCUGUUUGCGGAACGCAGCAAACAGAAGAGGCGCUUCGUGACGGAGUUUACGAGGCGAUCGGUUGAACAGGCGCUGGAGCUGGCCACGCUGUGGUCGCUGUCGGCGGCCGACGCGCUGCGGGCGCCACACUCGCGCGCCGCGUGUGUGGGCGCCGCCUGCGCGCACGCACCGAUCUAUCUCGCCGGCAGAUACAUAAAAUUGAGUCGAAAUCUGCCGCAGUCUCCGUGGAUUUUGGAAGGUAGAAGAGUUUUACCGUCAUCAGUACAAGAAAUUAUAUUCGGACCACUGACCAAAUGUUACAAAUUUGAUCCUGAGGACGCUGACCGUAGAUUCAAGUUUAUAGCGGCCGGCAGGGAAGAUGUGGACGUGCGAUGUCUCGGUGAUGGGAGACCGUUUGCUAUCGAGAUAUGUGAUCCGACGCGACAGCUGACAGCGGAAGAGAUGAAAGAAGUCUGCGAGGAAAUAUCGAAAGGGGGCGAAGUUAUUGUUAAAGAGAUGUCUCCCAUUUCAAAAGAAGACUUGGUGCAGCUGAAAAAGGGCGAAGAGACCAAAAGUAAAACGUACGAGGCGCUUUGUAUUAAGUUGUCGCAUUCCAAAUUCGACGAGGAUCAUAACGCGCCAAUUCGUGUUACCCAAGAGGACAUCGAUCGUAUAAAUUCGUACACGAACACGACUUCUCAAGACGUCAAGAUUGCCUUACAGCAGAAGACACCUAUCAGGGUGCUGCACAGGCGGCCCCUGCUCACCAGGAGUCGCGAUAUAUUGGAACUGACCGCCACGUUAAUACCAGAGCACCCGCAACUGUUCGCGCUGCGCCUGCGCACGUCGGCCGGCACGUACGUGAAGGAGUGGGCGCACGGCGAGCUGGGCCGCUCGGCGCCCGCGCUGGCCGCCGCGCUGCGCGCGCGCGCCGACCUGCUCGCGCUCGACGUGCGCGCCGUGCACCUCGCCUGGCCGCCCGCGCCCCGCGCUGGCCUCUCUCCGACGGCCAGCUAGCUGCGGAUGUGACGUUGGCUGUACUUAAAUACUUUCUGUAAAUAAUUUCAAGAUUUUUUUUUUUAUCCAAUAUAUUAAUGUUUAAGGUUUUACUUAAGUUGAUUGACAUCGAUUUUGUUUCUCUGGAUGUGCGUCAAUUCUAUUUGUACUCUUAACCGAUAUGUUAAUUCGCUAAUAAGUUAAUCGAUUUUCAAAAACUCAGCCCUUACUUAAAGAACUUUUUGUAUCUUGAAUGAUAAAAAACGUUGAGAGAAAAAUAAGUGUUUAAGUAAACAUAAUUCCUAGAAAAUCGGCUAUUAAAAGUAAUGUGUUCUAAACUCGAAAACUGUUGAUAUUAACGUGAAUUAAUGGUUUUAUUUUAUGAUAAGUCGUCACGGUAGCGAUUAUUUAAUUACAAGUUAAAUAUAUUAAAUAUUUUGUAUACAAUA